AUGACGGAAGUUACCGACCGCAAUGACCGACGCGCUGAAGUCGCAGCCGGUGGUUGGAGUAUUGCUUGGGGAGAUCUUAUCAAUGAAUGGGAUGUAGUUGAGCUUAUUAUAUCCGCCUUUAUUCCCACUGGCUCUGUCGCGAUAUGGGUAUCCCAGCAGACCGAAGCUCAACUGCAGAAGUUUCAACAAAGUUUGAGAGAUGUCUCCGAUGAUGUCGUCAAUCAGGCGACGAAAUAUUUGACCGAUUUAUUGCAAAAUAAGCGCUCUGGGGAAUGGGAGAUUGAUGGAUUAGGAGUCAAAGCUGGAAUCGUCACAUACCACCGCCACAUGAAGUUGCCGUUUGGUGUCAAGACUCCGCUACCAAACAACCAUCAACCGUACAUUGGUUUACGCGUUACCAAACCUUUGCCACCAAAAGGGGCCCCAGCAACAGCGGAAUCGGGAUCUAUGGACGGCAAAUCAUGGUACAAAAUUAAGAAUGCAACGAAGCCUGGCAUGGCGCUUGACGUUGUCAAUGACGGAAAUCAGCAACACGAUGGUAGGGUGCAAAUGGCCGCAGAUGGAAACUUCAGUGGUCAGUAUUGGCAGUUUCGUCCAUCCAAAACCAGCCCUGGAGCCUACAAUCUCUGCACUAUGUGGCUUGGAACCAAGAUGUUCUUGGACGUUUAUGGUGACGACAAAACACGGCCGCAUCUGGCCGCGGCUGGUAACUUCUCUGGACAACAAUGGCAUGUUAUAAGCCAAGGAAAUGGAGCUUGGAAGUUGUCAAACUCGUAUUCUGGCAGCUUGGUUCUUGCAGUCGAUGAAAAUGGGAGUCAGUUACAUCUAAUAAAUUCCCAGGCUUCUCCUACGGCGCAGUGGAACCUGCAGCUUAUGAGGUCAAUCACAGAGAGUGGAUUUGAACUUUAG